AUGAGGCCCAGGCCAGGCCAGGUGGGUCGUGGGGCCCCCUGGGGGCAGAGCCCUGGCCACAGGCAGUGCUGGCCCCUGAUACUGCUGAGCCUGGCCAUGGGUGCCCAUGGCCUGCUGCCCCCAACGGCAGCACCGCGGGGCAGGACCCCGGGCCCUGGAGCCCCAGGAAGAAGCAGCCCUUGGAGCGUGUGGGACAGCAGGUUCCCACUCCGACCCGGCCCCCGGGGGGCAGGCCCCAGGUGCUGGCCUGGUGGGUUUUGGUCCGAGACUCAGUCACCAUGGUACGUCUUCAGCGAAGGGACCCAGCUCACCGUCCUAGGUCAGCCCAAGUCUGCGCCCUCGGUCAGUCUGUUCCCACCCUCCAAUGAGGAGCUCAGCGCCAACAAGGCCACACUGGUGUGUCUCGUCAGUGACUUCUACCCCAGCGACUUGACAGUGGCCUGGAAGGCAGACGGCACCGCCAUCACCCAGGGCGUGGAGACCACCAAGCCCUCGAAACAGAGCAACAACAAGUACGUGGCCAGCAGCUACCUGACGCUGACACCUGACAAGUGGAAAUCUCACAGCAGCUUCAGCUGCCAGGUCACGCACGAAGGGAGCACCGUGGAGAAGACAGUGGUCCCCAAAGAGUGUUCUUAGGUCCCUGAGUCUCCCCCACUCUAGGGGACUUGGAGCUGCAGGAUCC